AUGGCCUCAACACAAUCUGUCAGUAUAAACGAUAUGGGUGAUCCUUUGAGACCGUACGUACCGACCAAUGAAACUCCAGACGAAAAACGUAAACGUGUAAGUUCAGAAAAACAAGCAAAAAAACGUAGUGAGGCUAUUGAUAAGCAAUUAAAAGCCGAAAGGGAAGAAAGGGAAAAACAAAAAAUGGCGAAGUUACUAUUACUAGGUUCUUCGGAAAGUGGAAAAACGACCGUUCUUAAGCAACUAAAAAUUAUUCAUGGUCGUGGGCUUUCAGACGAACGUCAACGGUACCGCCGUAUAGUUCACCUUAACGUACUUACAGCAAUAAAGGCUCUGGCAAAUGCACUUAUAACUUUUGGAUAUCCUAUUAAACCUGAAAAUCAACAACAUUUAGAUAGAAUUGUCAAUUUGGCCGCGAUAAAAAAUUCAUUGAAUCGUAAUUCUAUCACCGUUCAAGCAGCAAUCAAGAAUCAACAAUUGGACGAUAAUUCACAGGAUAUAUUCAUGGAAAAUAUGAAUUCUGUUAUAGCUUUAUGGAAUGACCCUUCUGUCAAAAAAUGCUAUAAUUCUGCGAGUGAAAUUGGAUUACAAGAUUCUGCAAAAUACUUUUUAGAUAAUGUAGAACGGUUUGGUAAAAGUGACUUUUUACCGACUGAUGAAGAUAUUCUUCAAGCUCGCAUAAGAACGGUUGGUGUCGCUGAACAUAAAUUUGAAAUAGCAGAUGUGAUAUACAAAAUUUAUGAUGUUGGCGGCCAUCGUUCUCAACGUCACUUUUGGGCUCCUUAUUUUGAUGAUGUUAAUGCUAUCAUUUUCAUGGCUGCUAUAUCAGCAUUUGACCAAACAUUAGAGGAUUCUGAUAUGAAUCGCAUGAUUGAUUCUAUUCAGUUAUUUGAAGAAAUAUGUAAUAAUCCAUUGAUGAUAAACACCCACAUUAUUUUAUUUCUCAACAAGAUUGAUAUUCUGAAACAAAAACUUGGAUAUAUUAAUGUAAAUGACUAUUUUUCUGAAUAUCAAGGGGAUAACAAAUUUCAAUCUGUUACAGCUUUCUUUAAACGCAAAUUUUUGGCUCGGAAUCAUAAUGAUGAAAAACACAUUUAUGUUCAUUUUACGCAUGCGACGGAUACAAAGCAAAUGCGCGUUAUCGUGGCUUCGGUAAAUGAUAUUGUUCAAAGGAUGAAUCUCAAAGCAUCUGGUCUUAUUUGA